CUUCCCCCUAGAAAACAUUUUCGGUCGAUCCCACAUAGACAGUUCUGAUGGAUCUGUAGUAUAUUCUGUCUCUCUUCGAUUCUGCAAGAAAGACACUGGUUCUGUGAAAUGAAAGCUGUGGGUUCGAUCGCCUGGGGGGAGGAAUCUUACCCUGCAUACAAAGAUUUCGCUGCUCUUCUCUUAUUUGCUUUGUUCUUUCCAACAAUACGUUUCUUUCUUGACAGAUUCGUCUUUGAGAAAGUGGCAAGACGACUCAUUUUUGGGAAGGGGCAUCAAAUGCUGGAUGUUGAGACAAAUGAGAGGAGGCGCAAGAUCAAAAAAUUCAAGGAAUCAGCAUGGAAAUGUAUUUAUUUUCUUUCAGCAGAGAUUUUGGCUCUAUCUGUCACAUAUGAUGAGCCCUGGUUCACUAAUACCAAAAAUUUUUGGGUGGGGCCAGGAGAUCAGGUCUGGCCUGAUCAAAAGAUUAAAUUGAAGUUGAAGGGAUUGUACAUGUAUGCUGCUGGAUUCUACACAUAUUCCAUAUUUGCUUUGAUAUUCUGGGAAACAAGGCGUUCAGACUUUGGGGUGUCAAUGUCUCAUCAUGUAGCAACUGUGAUUCUUAUUGUUUUGUCUUACCAACUCAGGUUUGCUCGUGUAGGAUCAGUUGUUUUAGCUCUGCAUGAUGCAACUGAUGUGUUUAUGGAAGUUGCAAAGAUGUCCAAGUACAGUGGUUUUGAAAAGCUUGCUAGCUUUUCAUUCGUUCUUUUUGUUUUGGCAUGGUUCUUACUUCGUCUUAUCUACUACCCAUUCUGGGUCCUAUGGAGUACAUGCUAUGAAGUUCUUCUGACUCUGGACAAGGAGGCAAACAAGAUUAAAGGCCCUGUUUAUUAUUAUGUGUUCAAUACCCUCUUAUUUUGCUUGCUCGUCCUUCAUAUUUAUUGGUGGGUGUUGAUGUACUGGAUGGUUGUAGAACAAAUCCAAGCGAGAGGCCUGGUCAGCGAUGAUAUUCGAUCUGAUUCUGAAGGCGAAGAUGAGCAUGAAGAUUGAUCCCAUUCAAGAUUGACAGAAAUUACGCAUAAUUAUGAGCGAGGUUUUCAUAUGCUGACCCUAUUGUUGCAUCCCACGGUGAAUUGAUCCAUCGAAAAUACUUGCAAUGAAAGAAGCCCUUCACAUUUGAAGCUGGUGAUCUAUUAGUUAAAAAGCAAGCUGUGGAGCAAAUUAGAGUAGAUAUUAACCGUUGGGAGAUUAUACUCAUGGUUAGAAUCAUGGACUACACCACCAGUUUUCAUUGCUGGGUAACACACAACUAAUUGUAAAGAAGUUCAAUGGCUUGAUGCUGUAAUAUAUGUUAAAUUAGUC